UUCCCUCUCGAAUGUUUUUUGCAUUAUUUUAUUUGUUUCUUUCUCCUUUCCCCUCCGGGGCUUUUUAUUUUUUUCCUUUCUCUCUUACCCUAACACGGAAUUGGCGCGUACCAAGGGAAGAUUCUGCUGCCAUUUCCAAUUUAGUUUUAGAAUUUUCUAAAGCUUUGUCUUCACUAUUUUUUUGUUCGUUUUUCUCAUUUUCUCUAAUAUUUGUUGUUGUUUUAUUAUUAUUGCCAGCUAGCGUUGUCGAUGACCACCACCACCUCCAGUCAUUUAAUGCUUCCACGGCAUCCAUUUUUUCGUCAUUGCUAGACAUUUUUAUUUUUUUAUAA